UUCAAGACAAUUCUUUUUUCAUUUUCUUUUGUCGUUGUCAUUCUCUUUCUCACUAGAAUGAAAGAAAGAUAAAUAGAUGAGGCGAGGAAGAAAAACAGGAAUUCAUAAGAUAUACACGGGAGGGAGUAGCGAGUGAGAGAGGGGGAGAGAGAGAGAGAGUGAAAAGAGAAUAGAGCCGAAAUAUAUUAUUAGUUUAGUGAAAUUGUUAACACGCGCACAUUCAUAUAUAUUUAUAUAUUAAAAUAUGCAUAUACGCUGAAUUAUAAACGAGAAAAAUAUUUUAAUUAAUGAGCGAGAACGUAGGAGGUGGGAAAAAAUAAACAAAUGCAACUCUUACCCAUACAGAAAAAAAUAAUAUAUAUGCAUAAGACAUUGCGCUAGAGAGUGAAAGUAAAAUAAUAGGAAAAAAAAUCCGAGGGAAAGACGAACAGACAGAACCGUUGGAAAGAAAAUAUAGAAAUUACAAUCUCCGCGGGAAAGCUGGCCGAGGCAAAAAGCAAAAGAUUUUGAUUACUCAAAUAAAACAUAAUUCUAAAUAGCAGAGAUUUCCUUAAGCAAAGCCUUCAUCUCUACUUUUGCUUGCCACCAUCAUGACAUCAGUCAAAGUUGCCAGACAUGAUAACAUUGGUUUCUUUGAAAACUUGGAUGACAAAUCUCACUUAAGUAAGAACAAUCUCCCAGAAUAUAGUAUUGGAACAGCAUUCCAGAAUAGAGAUAACCACUCUAAUCCAUCAGCUGAAGAUAUUGUCUAUAAUGAAGCAGUGAUGCGUGGUGCAUUUGUGCAGUUUCUGCGACGAUUAGCUGACCAAGUUGAAAAUGGAAUCAUCCCUCUCUUUGAUGCUAUGACUUUCAGUCCAUGCAAUACAAUAUCUAUUAAUGAAGACGUUAGCCAUAGCAGCAACACAUUCAAAAUGUCUCCACCAACACCACCACUACCACAAUCACCAUCACAACCAUCUCUUGCACCCCUGCUGCCAACAACUCCUGAAGAAAUCCAGAUGCACUCAGGAUGUCAUUCGAUGCUGCAACAUCACCAGAAAAGAGACUCAUUUCAUCAACAACAAAUACUGCAACAAAGAAAACUGCUUGAACAACAACAUCAACAACAUUGUGAACAACAACUACAACUCUCACAUCAUAUGUCUGAAAUGAAUAAUAUCAAUCUUGAUGAUGAUAAUGUGGAUGCUGAUACCAAUAAUAAUGUUAAUGAUGAUGAUGAUAGAUACAAUAAUGAUCUCAUUGUCGAAUCCUCCUUCUCAUCUGAUACUCUUAACAGUAAUGGUCAGUUUAAGCAAGAAACCAAUUUCCAACUUAGUAGUCAAGAACACAUCUCUGAUGGAGUCUUUCCAGAAGAUUCCAUCAAACAUCAGAUGGUUCCAUUACUCAGUGUUGUUGAAACCAGUGGAUCUGAUACCUACCCAGACAUUGUUGUUGAUAAUCUACAAUUACAAGUUCUCAUGGACCGAAUAGUCAAUGCCAAGAGGCCAAUUUCACCUGUUAGCAUGCACUAUUUCAGUCUUUCAGUUUUGCAAGGAGCAAUUAAUUUGGUCUUUUCCAAAUGGGAACUAAAACAUUCUUCGGGUCUUGGUCUAAGACGCACAAAGGCAGAAAGUGGAUGUCCUCUCGAUCGUAGAAAAGUCGAUGCUAUUGAAACAUUUUAUUUAUCCCUGUGUAAUGAGUACCAACUGACAAAAGUAUCCAAGGCCAUAUUUCAUAAAGCUUUCACAAUAAAAAUCAGCAAUGCCAAACGUGAUCAUCGAAAAUCAUAAACACUGGAACUUAAUGGAUAUUUUAAAUGGGGAGCAAAAAUAUAAUCAUCAAGCAUGGAAUCAUUUUAGAAACUUUCCAGUUAGCUGUUAUUGCUAUAUACAAAAUGUUUGACCUGUAUAGCUUACAAGCAUUUCUAAGCUGAAACGUGUUAUUAAAAUGUAAUUUUCAUAAUCAUUGCCAUCGUUACUAACAUUUGGUUAUUAUUGUUGUCUUUCUCAUCAGCAUUAUCUAAAUAAAUUUUCCAGGGAAUUUGGUACAUCAUUAAGAAUUCAAUAUUACAUUGGUUUUUGUUUCCAGUUCAUGAAUCUGAUGUUUUUUUUAAUUUAAUAUGCAUCCAGUCUAGGGCAAUGAGUUGGUGUGAAUUGUGCAGGAAUUGCAUUCUACAUCAAUCAUUUGGAAGAAGAUCUGAUACUGCAACAAAAGAAAGCUUCGUAAGCUCUGCAAUCUUGCUUUCAUCUUAGUAAGCACUGUUUUGAGUAGCAAGUAUUGGCAAAAACUUGAAAUAAACAGUCUUUAUUAAUAAUAAAUAUUAUUUUCACUCAACAA